AGUCCACUUUUGUCAGAGCUUCUUUAAACAUGUCUUACCUAAUCGGUGCGUUCCUUUUCCUGCUGCUCGUGUCCUCGUCACACGCCGCUGGCCGACGUGAUUUUCAGCCUGUGGUCGCGUCUAAGAUGAACGCCAAUUCCCGCAUCAUUGGCGGAGAAACAGCAGCUCUGGGUGCAGCACCCUACCAAGUGUCGAUUCAGAAUAGUUUUGGCAAUCACAUGUGUGGCGGUGUCAUCAUACACGAUCAGUACAUUCUGACCGCAGCUAGUUGCUUGGCUGGUCUGCACAAGAGCAACGUGAAGACCGUGAUGAGCACUAACGAUUGGGCUGGUCCAGCAUGGGAAUACUACACCGAAGAGAUCAUUCUGCACUGCAAAUUCGAUCAGCCGCUGUAUCACAAUGAUAUUGCCUUGAUCAAGAUGCAGACUCUUGUGGCCUAUGACGAUGUCACUCAGAACAUUACUUUGGCUGGUGUCGAUGAUCUAGUUGAGGGCGAGAAGCUCGUGAUGACAGGCUGGGGAUACGCACAGGAGCAAGGAGAAUAUGUUUAUGACCUCAAGCAAUUGGAAGUAAGCUAUGUGCCAUCCUCACAGUGCAAUUCCACCUACGGUUACACCAAAGAUCUUGAUGUGGGACAUUUGUGUGCUGUGGGAAGCGUUGGCAAUGGCGCCUGUCAUGGUGAUCAUGGAGGUCCUCUAGUUGAUAGCCAAGGACGUCUUGUGGGCAUUGGCAAUUGGGGCGUGCCGUGUGGUCGCGGAUUCCCAGAUGUGUUUGCGCGUGUCAGCUAUUACUACGAUUGGAUUCAGUCUACGAUCAAUGGCUGUGCCAUCACCGUGUAGUAAGCCUUAUUGGAGCUUAGGUAAGCCAUCCAAAGACAGGACAAACUUGGAGGUAAAGAGUAUUGUGUGGACACUGUUAUCCAUAUGUCUUUGCCCUCUACAACAAUUGCUUAGAUUAUUUUUAUGUAUUUUAUUUUUAUCAUUAUCGAUACUUAAUUUCACUCAUUGCGCUGCAAUAAAUGCUAUGCGAUUUGU